AUGCGCAGUGAGCUAGGCGCGAGGCAGAAGGCUCUGGAGACCUCCCGGCUGCGGAGCCUGCUCCAGGAGCACGACUGGGAUGGAGAAUCUGAGCCUGGACUCAGUCGCCUUAAUGAGGAAGGUGUUACUCUGGGAACAGAAAGAUCGAGAGAAGAUGAGAAACAAAUCGUGGCAAAAAGCAGCAAUGAAUGUGAUCCCCUGCUCCAAGAACCUAUUGCUUCUGCUCAGUUGGAUGGCACCACAGUGACAGAAUGCCAUAAGUCUGUCCCCUGUGAAGACACACCUGUUCCACGAACCCAAAUAGAAAAAAGGAAAACAAGCCUGUAUUUUUCCAGCAAGUACAACAAAGAAGCUCUUAGCCCCCCACGACGAAAGGCCUUUAAGAAGUGGACACCUCCGCGGUCACCUUUUAAUCUCGUUCAGGAAACACUUUUUCAUGACCCCUGGAAACUCCUCGUUGCCACUAUAUUUCUCAAUCGGACCUCAGGGAAAAUGGCAAUACCUGUGCUUUGGGAGUUUCUGGAGAAGUACCCUUCAGCCGAGGUAGCAAGAACUGCAGACUGGAGAGAUGUAUCUGAACUGCUGAAACCUCUUGGUCUCUAUGAUCUUCGAGCAAAGACCCUUGUCAAGUUCUCAGAUGAAUAUCUGACAAAGCAGUGGAAGUAUCCGAUUGAGCUACAUGGGAUUGGUAAAUAUGGCAACGACUCUUACCGAAUUUUUUGCAUCAACGAGUGGAAGCAGGUGCACCCUGAAGACCAUAAGUUAAAUAAAUAUCAUGACUGGCUUUGGGAAAAUCAUGAAAAAUUAAGUCUGUCUUAA